UGUGAUUGCAUAAAGUGAUCACAUGUCAUACAUGCCAAACGUGUGUGUGUAUCUUAGCUUUCUCCCUUGUGUCCCAGAUCUUUUUUCAGCGGCAAUCUGAGUGUGAUUUUGCAAGGAAAUUUUUUUAACCGUUUUAGAAAUGGCCUCAUGUAAAGUGAAUAUCAAAUGGGGCAAGGAAAAGUUCAGUGAUAUUGAAUGCUGUGUAGAUGAAUCUCCAGAUGUGUUUAAGGCGCAGAUCUUUGCUCUAACAGGAGUACAGCCUGAGCGACAAAAGGUCAUGCUGAAAGGAGCAACUCUCAAGGAAUCAUGGACUGGGUUUAAAGUUAAAGAUGGUGUCACCUUUCUUGUGAUGGGAUCGGCUGAAGCUCUCCCUGAAGCCCCAACACAAAAGACACUUUUUGUGGAAGAUAUGACAGAUGAGCAACUAGCAACUGCGUUUGAGUUGUCAGCUGGUUUGAAGAACUUGGGUAACACCUGCUACUUGAACUCCACCGUGCAGUGUCUGCGUAGCAUUCCAGAACUGAGAGAGUCCUUGAAAAAGUAUGAUGGUCAUGUUAAUCAAGCUAUGGCAAGUGUUCAGCCAGCAGAGUCAAUUACAGCUGCCAUGAGGGAUCUAUUUGAUGCCAUGGAAAAGGCCACUGAUGGAAUUCCACCAAUAUUUCUAUUACAUCUUCUUCACAUUGCCUUCCCACAGUUUGCAGAAAAGAAUGAACAUGGUGUCUUCCAACAACAGGAUGCAAAUGAAUGUUGGGUGCAGUUGGUACGGUUGUUACAACAGCAGUUGACUGUGAGUGUUGCUGGAGAGAAUCAACAAGCAGAAGGUGCCUCAGCAUCACAGAAAGGAUUCAUUGACCAGUACUUGGGUGGAAGGUUUGAUUGCAGUCUGAAAUGUGUGGAAGCUCCAGAGGAAGAGGAAUCAAAGUCUACCGAGCAGUUUAUGCAGUUGAGCUGCUUCAUCUCUCAGGAUGUCAAGUACCUUCACACAGGACUAAAAAAUAGACUCACAGAGAAUAUUGAAAAAUUUUCGCCAUCCUUGGAGAGAAAUGCACAGUACAUCAAAGAGUCUCGUAUAAGUCGUCUUCCUGCCUAUUUACCAAUUCAAAUGGUGAGAUUCUACUACAAGGAGAAGGAAGCCAUUAAUGCUAAGAUCUUAAAGGAUGUGAAAUUCCCAUUGAUCCUUGAUGUAUUUGACCUCUGUACUAAAGAACUUCAAGAAAAGUUGAUUCCAAUUCGGGCCAAGUUCAAAGAGAUGGAGGACAGAAAGGUGGAGGAGUUACAGAAGGCUAAGCAAACAGAAAAAAAGCAGCCAGCACCAGCUGUAGAGCAAUCUAUCAAGCUGCUACCAUAUGAUUUUUCUGAUGAUAUCGGAAGUAACAACAGUGGCUACUAUGAGUUGCAAGCUGUACUAACUCAUCAAGGCAGGUCCAGCUCUUCAGGUCACUAUGUUGGCUGGGUCAAGAAGAAGGGAGAGGAAUGGAUCAAAUUUGAUGAUGACAGUGUUUCCCCAGUCGCAUCUGAAGAUGUCCUUAAGCUGUCUGGAGGUGGUGAUUGGCACUGUGCUUAUGUACUUCUCUAUGGUCCAAGGAGAUUAGAUGAACCAGCCCAAGAUGAAGAACCAAUGUCAGAAAAAUAAUGUGACAAAAACAACAUGUUGCCAGUCUUCUCCCAUUGCCUGUAUCUGUUGCGACACAGAAUAUGUAGUGACUGUCAAAAAUUUGGAUUGGAAACAUUAAGGUUAUCUGCUCUUAUUUGAUGAAAAAGCAUCAGAUCCCUCACUCAUUGAUAGUUAUAACUUACUCCUUUUACAUUUUCAACAAAGUUAGAGUCUGAAACGUUUUUGGCCAAGUAAAAAAAAAUAAAUAAAUAAAAGGGUUUGACACUGGAAGAAAAAUGUGACCAUCUGUUUUAUGAUGAUAUAACUCUGCCAACAUUUUUUUCCCUUUUCAAAUUCUGCAUUAACAGAUCAUCAUUGGGUCAAACUAACAGACUUAUGCAUAAACAUUCUAUCCUUUGAACAGUAGAUUUUAUUGUUAAAAUACUGUUAACAAGUUUUGCAUCAAAAGUACAGAGGUGUGUUUUGGGAAACUGGCAAAUAUGGAAAAGUUGAUUAUUUUGCAUUCCGCCCUUCAAACAGAUUUGCAUUGUAUGGAUCUCUCAGGAAAUCUGAUAAUACUCUGAUACUCGUCAGGGAACCCUAACGUAUGUUACCUUGUCAUGUCCCAAUGGGUUAAGUCAAAAUUGGUGCCCAUCACUAUACAGUUCUCAUGCAUGCAUGGUAGUAAUAUUCAGUGUACCUUUGCUCCAUCUCAGACCAUAGUAUGAUUAAAAAAAAACAUUCAGUUUGUAGUUGCAAUAGAAUGGAACCACCUAGUCAUUAGAAAUUUACUGUUAUUUUAUUCAGUUUGUAAUAACGAAAACACGUUAGUGCCUUCGUGCGUCAAACCAUACAGAGAAGCCCUCUUUUCUGUAUGGUUUGACACACUUAAGCACUCUAACAGGUGUUUUCAUUAUUACAAACUGAAUAAAAUAACAGUAAAGUCACAAAGGAGUACACAUAUACCUAAAUGAUAUUUGGGACAUGCAAGGCAAAUGUAUAUCCAGACCAGACAUGUGAAACUUGAACAGCAGUAAAACCAUGUACGUGAACACACAGCUCCAAAUGCAUACAUUUUCAGGUUAAGCUUCAGCAAGUAACAGAAACUUAAAAUGUUGAAAAGCCCAUGGGGGAACUUGUUCCAUGAUACAAAAAGUAAAUGUUGGCCCCCUUUACAUGUAUAUAGUUUCAACUUACUAAAAAUAGGCUUACAACAAGGGUAGAUUCAGAGGAAUUUGGGCCACGCCCUCCAAAAAGAGAGCCUCCUGUUCCUUUUUAUUUAAAUGAAAGGUGACUUUUUAUGGGAGGGGUCUGUACAUUGGCCUGAAUAAAGCCCCAAAUGUACAGUAGCCUCACCCCUUAGAAUGGCCAUAAAAGGUUACGUGAACAAACAUACUAAUUUAGCCCCCCCCCAAAAAAGUGGUUUUGUUCUGGUGCAUUCGUAGUCAGCCAUCUGAAAGAAUUUUUCAGUUGAAGGGCUCACUAAUUGGCCAGUCAGCAUGCACAGUUUUACAUGCAUGGCUGUACUGUGAAACUCUGCCUCAAUGUUAUGCCUGUCUGCAAAAAUGUCUCCUUUUAAGGGAGGAUUAGUUUGAAAAUGUAGUCAAGAAUUGAAAUUGAAACAUGGAGUCACGUGUCAUUUUUCAGCACAAUUAAUCUACUGUAUGACACAGAAUUCACUAGCCCUGUUUUGUGCAGUUGAGAAAACUUGGUUUAAUUGCUCAAUGUUCUUGAGCUGUGAAAACAAUUUUCAGCUGGAUUUUGUAAAAUGUUUGCUUAACUGUUCCUCUUCUUUUAGACAGAUAAACCUAACCCCAAAAUGCCUCUAAACUUCGUUUUCAGAAAAGGGGAAAUGUCCUGUGAACAUGGGUAAGUCUGCAGAAGGUCUUCCCUUCCUCUAUCAUGCAGACAUCUUUUAAGGUUAGCUCAAGUGUUAUAUUUGAGUCCAUCACAAGUCCUUUCACAAGUCCAGUCCCAGGAUAGGGUAUUGUUUCCCAUUGUUUCCACAAUAUAUUACUCUCCUUUAUACAAACCACAUGCACUUGCCAGUGAGGACUAUAGAUUGACCAUCAAGUACAAGGAUACACCCAUUGUACAUGUAUUCUGUCCUCUGUGGUAAGGCUGAACAAGCACACAGGCACAGAGUUGUAUGGACUUCACACGUUAAAGCACAGACGUGGUAAGGUUCAUAACAUUAUGGGGACCGUCUUCAAUUAGGAAAGUCAGUCCCGACUUUUCUAACAGAAGGAAUUGUCCUCUUAAUGACCUACCCACACAUACUCUGGGUAAGGGGGGGUGUCUUUGCUUUGUGCCUGACUAGUCAGGGUAUGGGAAAGGAAUAUCACCAUGGAUCAUCAUGUAUCAGCAGCAUCAGGAAACAUGUUUUCACUGGGCGAGGCAUAUUUUGUCCGUAUUAGGAAAGGGCAUGGAUUCUAAGUCCAGCUAAAAAGAAAGAAUGGUCAAAUGUGUGCCAAUUUCAGACUUUAAUAAACUGAUGACAAGUGCUUAUUGUAA